UUCAGUUCUUCGAUCCCUGUGCAGAGAGCUCACAAAACAAACAACAAACAAAUAACACUGGUAUCAUAACAUGCGAUCGUUGAACUCAUCUUUUAUUGGAAAAUCUGUGGCGGUCUGGCCGGUCUUCCUGGCAUUGGUGCAGGCUUACGAACGAGACGACGAUGAUAAGAGAUGCCUCGAGAGCGACGGCUGCCGUAUGACGGUCGGGUUCUUCUUGCUUCUUGUGUUACCACUGUUGAUAUGCUGGAAUGAGCACACACAUACACGCCUAGCCAAACUGUACAAGGUUGCCAAGCAGCACAUUCGCAACAUCACUGCACCACCAGGAAACGGAUACGAAUUUGAUGCACCCGUCCCACCAUUCGUUUCAGACGGUGAAUUCGUCUGUUGCUCUGGACUGCUUGGAGGGGCUGAACUUUUGCAGGAUAACUUGUUCCCCACCAUCAAGGUGGAAAGCGCCUUGUUGUUGAAACGAGAGAUAGAAAUCUAUCAGUACCGGGAAUACAAAAGCGACAAUAGUACAAUGGAGAUCGAGGAGGUGUGGUCUUCAAAGCCUCUUCCUGACCCCCGAAAGCACAAGGACAAGAAGAAUCCAGUGGGAAACUGGAACAUUUUCUCAGCUUCUGAAACGGUGGACACAGGCGACACUUUUCAGGGCGAAAAGAUCGAGUUUGGUGACAAUUUGGUCGUACAAAGGGCUUCCAACCCUGUUCUCGAGGCCCCGCUCCCUCUGUCCGUUCCCACGGCCCUCGUUGACGAAGCCUUCUUUCCGACACGCAAUGUCUAUCGGCUUCGAGAGUUUGGGCGGUUGAAAGACUUUCAGGGCACCUGGCAAGAAAAGUUUGUUCCAGCUGGUCCUGUCACCGUAAAUAAGGAGACAUACGGCAACCUUGUGUUCCCUCCGGAGUGCUUUGCAAUGGGCAAGUACGUUUACGACGGAGAUCCAGACACUGUGGGCACCAUUCGCAUGAGCUGGGCUUAUGCCUUGCCUCAAGACAUGACCGUGGCAGCAGAACUUGUGGAACCGGGACGGGAGUGCUUGGCAAGCUACGGUUGCAAACUCCAUCGUAUGAACCGGGGCGGACUUCUCGGCGUGCUUGGCAAGGUUGGUACCAUAAAGAAGGAACUAUUGGAGGGAGAAAGUGCGCCGCUCAUGUCGAAGUCAGACAUGCACACAAAUUUCGACAUGUGGACUCUGACUCCAUUUCAAGUCACGGGCACAUCUGUUGCUGCUUGCGGAGAGGAAAAGUUCUUGGGCCAGCUUUGGAUGAUUGCACCAGGCCUGAUGAACGCACAACAGCUUUUUUCGCGAGCGAGUUGGGCCAACGACAAGUCGUUGUUCGCUUACCGAGCCCUUACUCAUGUCUUGUUGUAUGUGGGGUGGAUGCUGAUCUUGUCGACGCCUGUGAGGAUGGUCUUUGGGACUGGAGUAGUUGCGUCGGUCCUCUCUGCUGGGUUAAUGGUCGUGGGCUUUGUUCUGGCGACCUCUUGCUGGGUGACCGUAUCAGCUCUAGCCUGUUGCACGGCACGUCCCUUGCGUUCCACUCUUCUGGUCGCCACGGUUCUUGUGUUUCUUUACGUUUCUGGAAAGCACCAUGUGACCGCUUCGGAAUAGCAGGAAAAGGUCUCAUUAUCAUUCAUUAGCUAGGAAUGUCCUGGUAGUUGUAUUAGCUGUUAUAACCACCAUUGAUUUUUGCUUGGGUUUGUCUAUAAUGCACAGGCUGCAUGUCGUUGCCGCGCAGAAACAUGAAACAACCAACUAUGUAUUCCAAAACCAUCCCUUCCGUUUUGAAUAGCACAAGCCAACCAUCCCAAGCAAAAAAGCUGACAAACUAGUUGGUCGAGCAGUACAUGUAUGUCGUGGCCAAUUAAUUACUGUUGUGGCAGUCUUUCAAAGUGAAUAUUCUUCCAUCCGUCUUUGCCUUGAUGAGACCAUAUACGUUUUUCUUGCACCGUAAUGCCCUCCUCCUCCUUAUCACUGUUAUUCUGAAUGACCCGAUCAUAUGUCACGGCCACUUUGGUACCUGAAAUGAACUGGAUUUUUGCAUUCGACAGUGGUCCGGCAACACCACCUUCUUGUCGCGUCAUGACUUGUUGUGCCGUUUCCUUUUCGGUCGCAAACCAUUCAUUGGUACAGAGUGAUCGAUACAAUUCCACAUUUUGUGUUUGAAUGGCUUGUAAGAGCCGCGAUUGUGCCGUCAAGACAUCGUACGAGAUGAUUUGAUUCAUGGCCGUUUGGGUCUCUUUCCACACCGCUUCAAUGGAUUGAUCGCCUCGAAUAUCAAACACAUCCAACGCGGGUCGCUUGUUCUUGUCGAGCAGUGUCUGUACGCACCGCAGCGUCUCCACCACGGGGACGGUAUCCCGUUCAAAUGUGGCGAAUCGCUUCCGAGCACUUUGUAGAUUGUCAUCGGAUCGUCCCGAACCUUCGGCGGCUCGUUGCAGAAUGCGUCGUUCCAGUUCGUCCAAUGGACACUGGUAGUUGAGUACGCCCCAGACGGUGGCUACUUUUUCGUUGGUCAUGCACCGGAUCCAUCCAUCCAAAUUGUCGUAAUUGCGGGGGAAUCCAUCCACGAGAAAAAUGAGAUCCUCACCAAAUUGAUUGGCGGCGGCCGCCAUGGCAUUCUGUAAGAGCGUGAGGGAUAUUUCGACGGGAACAAUAUUUCCCGAAACGAGACAAUUUUCAAUCAAUUCCCUGUGGGGAGAUUCUUCCUUUUUGGUUUCAGCUCGAAGCAAGUCCCCGGCGGAUAAAUGGACACAUGGAUAGUUGGCUUUGAUCAGGUCCGAUUGAGUGCCUUUUCCUGAAUUAUAUUACCGUAUUAUUGACAAAUAAAUAUAAGUGUGAGAUGAUAUCG